GUUACCGAAAACUCGUAACUAAAAUCACAUGAUUUGUGUCUUGUCAUAUGACAUUGAUGAGGACGACAAGCAACCAGCGACUCUGGACUUCACUAAAAGAAAUAACCCUAAACUGUCAGGGAUGAAGUUAACUUUUUUGUGUCGAUAAUAUGUGGAGUAUGGAAUGCUGGGGAGUUUUGUCUACGAUUGCUGCCGCCUGUCUGUUAGGUGUGGUGGUGAGCCAGACGACGGCUCCCACGAUGGCUCCUGCUGUGAUGAACACCACAUUCAUUGAGAAUGUGACGUUGACCACCAGAGUCAGUGAGAAUGUGACUUUGACCACACCCAUGCUCCUCAGCACCACAUCCCCAGGCUGCUCUGCCCUCAACACCUCCACCUGUGAGACCUGUGUCCCAGGGUCCUACUCUGACAACGACACCCUGCUGUGUUCCUGCUGCCAUGAGCCAGGGCUGUGUCUGUUCGCUGGGGCUUGCCUCCCAUGUUCCGGAGGGUUCUUUCAGCCUCUGGCUGGACAACAGCGAUGUCAGCCCUGCAGCCAGGGUUUUUACACCAAUUUCACCGGCAGCCGUAUGUGUCAGUCCUGCUCCCCAGGCUCCUACAGCAACAACACAGGCUCCGACUCCUGCCGAAGCUGUUCUCCAGGUUUCUAUACAUCACAACAAAAUGCCACAUCGUGCAGUCCAUGUCAACAGGGAACGUUCUGCAACUCCUCCAGUUGUGCUCUGUGUCAGAUCUGUCCUGCUGGUACAGAGUCUCUGCAGCCUGCUGCCAAGGAGUGCACACCUUGUCGUCCAGGUAUGCACAAGGGUCCCCGUCAGAGUAUGUGUCAAAUAUGCAGCAGCGGCUUCUUCCAGAUCCGCUGGGGCCAGGAGACCUGUAACCUCUGCCCUGAAAACCACUACUGCCCAAGUCCAGAUGUGAACCCCAUCCUGUGCCCCGGUGAUGCCUUCUGUCCUGAAGGCAGCACUGCUCCAGGUUACUGCAUGGAGACCUUCUUUCGCAAGGCAGGGGAGGAGUGUGAGCUGGCCCCCGUCACCAUUGCUUUACUUGUCAUAGGAGGAGGAGUGGCCCUACUCUUCAUCAUCCUGCUGGUGUUGCGUCGAAGACGAGACACAGACGGAGAGCUUUCCCUUGCACGACAACCUCUGUUACGCAAAGAGCGGCCGCAAGGUCGAUACUACGGGAUCCCAUGUGAUGCCGAGCCAGUAUACGCUGGUUGGUGAGCAUGUCCCCAGCCCCAUCUGAUGCCUCCAAUUAUUGGGGUAAAAUGUCUGGCUUUCAGAGCAAAAUCAACUGAAUUCUAUGUACCUCAGCUUUGGACUAAUGGACCAUAAGAGAAAGCAGACUCACACCAAAUCCUAGCCAUGGUUUACCAAAUGUCCAUUUGAGUACUUUUGAUAACUCACUAGCUCUUUCAUGCGGUACAUCUCCUAGAUGUAAUUUUUUAUUUAUUUAACUAGGCAAGUCAGUUAAGAACAAAUUCUUAUUUUCAAUGACUGCCUAGGAACAGUAGGUUAACUGCCUACUGUUCCUAGGGUUAACUGCCUACUGUUCCUAGGGGCAGAACGACAGAUUUUUACCUUGUCAGCUCGGGGAUUCGAUCUUGCAACCUUUCGGUUACUAGUCCAACGCUCUAACCACUAGGCUACCUGCUGCUGUCAUUCUUGACAAGCAGAAGUGUUUUUCUUCAGUAUUUUGUGCUUUAGUGAAGGCUGACCCUAUUACAUUUGUUAAAAAGAAGAGAAAAUGUCAGCAAUUGAAUUCCUCUUUAGGUUCAUUAGGUCAAUGGUUUAAAGAGGCACACAGGAUGGUUGAGGAGGUUUGAAAACUGCUUGUUGAGCCUCUUAUAAGGACUUUGUUAUAUGAAAAGCACUUGUUUUUGUUUGUAAAUGUUACUGCAUUCAUUUAUGGUAGAUCGAAAGUUAUGCUUUAAAGAUUGUUUUAAGUAAAUGUUCCCCUCUUUCACAGAAAUAAUCUUUCCUGGUUAUACAGAUUAAUAAUAUUGAUGUGAGGUACUAUGUAUUAUCUUUAUGUUUGAAAUGCAAAUCUAUAUUCAGCAUUAGCAAUGUUUUUGACCUGUUCUUUAAAAGAAAAUUAUAUUUGUAUGUUUUAAAGAAAAACACUGACUCCACUCCAGGGUAUAUACUGGAAUAAAGCAGAACUUUGCACUA